AUGUCGCUCCGUUACCGGCUUCGCCCCGGGCAGCGGGCACGGCUCCGCGCCGCGGUGGUCGGGCUGCACCGUCGCUGCUCUCCCCGUGAAGGCGCAGGCGGGGUGGGAGACGCCGCGCUGAGGCGCGGAGGGGAAAUGGCGCCGGGAGCUGAGGGGCCGCUGCCCCCCAGACCCUCUCCAGAACCGCCCGAUCGGCUCCCGGCAGCGGGGGGGCAGCGGAGCACGAACGGCUUUAACCUGCGAACAGACGGUCAGGAUCGCAGUGAAGCCACUUUAAUAAAGAGGUUUAAAGGUGACGGUGUCCGAUACAAAGCAAAGCUGAUUGGGAUCGAUGAGGUUUCAGCUGCACGGGGAGACAAGUUAUGCCAGGACUCCAUGAUGAAGCUCAAGGGGAUUGUUGCUGCGGCUCGUUCGAAAGGAGAGCAUAAACAAAAAAUCUUCUUAACAGUCUCCUUUGGUGGAAUCAAAAUCUUCGACGAAAAGACAGGGCUACUACAGCACCACCACGCAGUUCACGAGAUAUCGUACAUCGCAAAGGAUAUCACAGACCACCGAGCGUUUGGAUAUGUGUGUGGAAAGGAGGGAAAUCAUCGAUUUGUGGCAAUAAAAACAGCCCAGGCAGCUGAACCUGUGAUUCUGGACUUGCGAGAUCUGUUUCAGCUCAUCUAUGAACUGAAACAAAGGGAAGAAAUGGAAAAAAAGGCGCAAAAGGACAAGCAGUGUGAGCAGGCGGUGUACCAGGUUCCUACCAGCCAAAAGAAGGAAGGUGUUUAUGAUGUGCCAAAAAGUCAACCUGUAAGUCUGGAGAAUGGAAACUUAUUGCUGGACAUUGAUGAAAGUCUUGGUUCAGUCACUCAGGCUGUUACCCAACUAGAGCUUUUUGGGGACAUGUCCACUCCUCCCGAUGUAACCUCUCCCCCAACUCCUGCUACUCCAGGUGAUGCCUUUAUCCCAUCUUCAUCCCAGUCACUUCCUGCUAGUACAGACAUGUUUGGUUCUGUACCUUUCAGCACUGCUGCCGUACCCUCAGGUUAUGUUGCCAUGGGAGCUGUUUUGCCCUCAUUCUGGGGACAGCAACCACUCGUUCAACAGCAGUUGGCCAUGGGUGCUCAGCCUCCAGUUGCUCAGGUGAUGCAGGGAGGACAACCGAUAGCGUGGGGCCAACCCGGCAUUUUUCCUCCUGCCCAGCAGCCGUGGCCGUCUGUAGCUGGUCAGUUCCAACCGACUGCCUUCAUGCCAACACAAACUGUUUUGCCUUUACAAGCAGCCAUGUUUCAAGGUACCAUUGCUCCUAUAGCUACUGUUCCACCCACAAGCGAUUCCAACAGAUCGAGUCCGCAGACAGACAGGCCCAGACAGAAAAUGGGAAAAGAAAUGUUUAAAGAUUUCCAGAUGGCUCAGCCUCCACCAGUGCCAUCAAGAAAACCAGAUCAGCCUUCCCUCAGUUGUACCUCAGAGGCCUUCUCAAGUUACUUUAACAAAGUUGGGAUGGCACAGGAAGCAGAUGAUUGUGAUGACUUUGACAUCUCUCAGUUAAAUUUGACUCCUGUGACUUCCACGACACCAUCAACAAACUCACCUCCAACCCCUGCACCCAGACAGAGUUCUCCAUCGAAAUCAUCAGCAUCUCAUACCAGCGAUCCUGCUGCAGAUGACCUCUUUGAAGAGGGGUUUGAAAGCCCAAGCAAAAGUGAGGAGCAGGAGGCUGUGAGUAGCAAUAAGGCUUCUAAAUACUGAUAAGCACUUUUUGGCUAGAAAAAUGCUGUUUGGUAGUGUCAGAGAUCACUGUUCUAGUAGAACGGGGUGGUAUUUAAGGGGGAGCUACAUUUGCAGGUUUGAUUUUGAUAGUUGGGAACAUCAGCAUGGCAUUUCUGUUGGUGUUUCCUAAUAUUGCAUGCAAGGAACCAAACUCAGAGUUCAUAUGUGGAGCUAUACAUAUUAACUGUAUCCAGUGUACCAACAUUCACAUACUGAUGGUAAGGGAGUCCAAGGUAAAAUGACAUGAGUGCUGAGGAUGCAGAAAGAAAUGCGAGAGGUUGUGUGUUAAAAAAUGAUGGUUGAUGUUGUCUUCCACAUUCUGGCAUCCCAGUUGCUUCCCUCGUUGCAUUCCUCAAUGUUCUGGCCCUUGGUAUUUCUUUGCCUUAGACUCAGUGAACCAAAGCAA